GGGAGAUAUAGACAGAGGAAGAAUCAGAGAUGAAGAAAUUUGUGUUGAGUUUGGAUUUGCAAAAUGACAAGGAUCAACAGAGGAGGGCUUUGAAGACGGUCUCAACCCUUUUUGGAAUCGAUGAAAUCUCCAUCGACCUAAAGGGAAAGAGGUUAAUUGUGAUUGGAACAGUUGACCCUGUAUCUGUUGUUACCAAACUUCGGAAAAAGAACUGGCCAGUCCACAUAAUCUCAGUCGGGCCAGUCAAAGAGCCUGAGAUGCCGAAGGAGGAGGCGAAGAAGGAGGAGCCGAAGAAGGAAGAAGAGGCAAAGGAGGAAGCCAAGGUAGAAGAAAAAAAGGAGGAGCCUAAGAAGGAGGAGGAAGGGAAGAAGGCAGAGCCAGAGCCGGAAAUGAUGCAGAUUAUCAGCACUGCAUUACCGUAUAGGCCAUACAGGCCCUACCAUACUCCGGUGACCACAUACUACCCGGGGCACCACAGCAUGGAAGAGGAUCCGAAUGCAUGCAUUAUAAGUUAAGGUGAUCGUUCCGGGCCCGUUUUCAUACUCCUUGCCAUUGAUUCUUAUAGCCUAGGAUUGAAGUUUUAGUACAUACAAGAAGUUGAAAUAAUGAUUUUGGGUCUCAUUUUUGUUUGGAUUCACAGUGAUUUUUAUUUGUAUUUUCUUGAUGGCAAAUGGUAGAGAGAUCUUGGUUUUCAUAGUUGGAGUCUUGCUGGAAAGGUGCAAGUCUUAAAAUUUCAUUUGUAUGGACAAUUUUUUUUUUUGUGGAGUAAUUUAUUUUUGGUUCGGCCUACAC